GUGUGAGGCGAGGGGCGGCGGCGGGGCUGUCUGAGGGAAUGCGAGCGGCCAAGAUGGCUGCCGCUGCUGCCGCUGCCGCGCGUCACCUGCUGAGGAGCUGCAGCCAGCUGCGGGUGCCGCUGCGAUGGAGAGGCCAGGCCACGGCGGCGGCGGUGACGGAGAGCGCGCGGCCGCGGGAGCAGCCCCAGGAGCGGAAACCUAAGACAGGGAUCUUGAUGUUGAACAUGGGAGGCCCGGAGCGGCUGGACGACGUCCACGAUUUCCUGCUGCGUCUCUUCCUGGACAGGGAUCUGAUGACCCUUCCCGUUCAGAACAAGCUGGCCCCGCUGAUCGCCAGGCGCCGCACGCCCAAGAUCCAGGAGCAGUACAGCCGCAUCGGCGGCGGCUCCCCCAUCAAGAAGUGGACGGCGCUGCAGGGAGAGGGCAUGGUGAAGCUGCUGGACAGCAUGUCUCCUGGCACUGCCCCUCACAAGUACUACAUCGGGUUCCGCUACGUGCACCCGCUGACCGAGGAGGCCGUGGAGCAGAUGGAGAGGGACGGCAUCCAGAGGGCCAUCGCCUUCACGCAGUACCCCCAGUACAGCUGCUCCACCACAGGAAGCAGUUUAAAUGCCAUUUAUCGCUACUAUAACCAGAGAGGGGAGAAGCCCAAGAUGAAGUGGAGCAUAAUUGACCGAUGGCCCACACAUCCCCUUCUCAUUCAGUGCUUUGCCGAUCACAUCCAGAAGGAGCUGAACCUGUUCCCGCCAGACAAAAGGAAAGAGGUGGUCAUCCUCUUCUCAGCGCACUCGCUGCCCAUGUCUGUGGUGAACCGUGGAGAUCCCUACCCUCAGGAAGUGGGAGCUACUGUCCAGAGGGUCAUGGAGAAGCUCAACUACUCCAACCCUUACAGGCUGGUGUGGCAGUCCAAGGUUGGACCAAUGCCCUGGCUUGGUCCCCAGACAGACGAGACCAUUAAGGGCCUGUGCCAGCGAGGAAAGAAGAACAUGCUGCUGGUCCCAAUAGCAUUUACCAGUGACCACAUUGAGACUCUGUAUGAGCUGGACAUCGAGUAUGCCCAGGUUUUGGCCAACGAGUGUGGAGUUGAAAACAUCAGAAGAGCGGAGUCUCUCAAUGGAAACCCACUCUUCUCCAAGGCCCUGGCAGACCUGGUGUGCUCCCACCUGCAGUCCAACGAGGUGUGCUCGCGGCAGCUGACGCUGUGCUGCCCGCUGUGCGUCAACCCCGUGUGCCGGGAGGCCAAGGCGUUCUUCAGCAGCCAGCCCCUGUGAGCAGCCAGCAGGGCACGCACGGCCUGCUCGGGGCAUCCUUCUGCAGUGUCCUUGGGUUGUAGGAAGUGGGGAGAUCAGGGCAUUUAUCCUGUCAGGCGUGAGGAGAUCUCCUGUCAUCCGACCCCGAUGGGACUUAUUGUGAGCCCAGCAGGACGCACUGAAAAUCCUACACAGCUUUCCUACAGUUAGCUUCUAUUUCUAUGCAGGGAUUUAUUGUGUGCGGGGUGGUCAGGAGCUCGUUAACUUGGCCAGGUUGAAGGUGCACUGAUUUUGGUUUUGCUUGAGGUGCAGUGUCAGCAGCACAGUCUGUUGUCUGUUCUGAGAGGGACUUUGCAGCUGGCUUUGGAGACUUUGGAGAUCAGGUUACUUCUAGUGCUUUUUAAUAAGGUGUGUAUGUGUAUAUAUUGUUUUUCUUUUUUUUUUUUUUUAGAGCAUAAAGAUAAGGCUUUGUUUUGUUUUGGUUUUCUCCUGCCGGAAACUUCCUGUGAAAGCUUAGCUGGGAUAGUAGAACGCACAAAACUUGUUUACAUUUUCUAGGAAAAACAUUUUCAUUAUCUGCAGGAAAGUAUUUGAAGAGUAUAAAUUGAAAGGAAUUAGGGAAUUAGCCUGCUUGGGUGAUACUGGAGAAUUUGCUCCAUUGAAACUGCGUGUUUCAAGUCUAGCCAGGAGCAUGUGUGGAAACAUGUUGGCUUAUCUGUUAAGCAGAAUGAGUUUUUAUUUUUAUUAAAAAAGGGCUUUUUCUGUUCGGUGAAGUAAAUGUAGGAAGUCAGGCGUGUUCUCCAGGAGGUUUAUAGACCCACUCUGUGCUUUCUACUGUGCCACAGUGCUGUGGCUGUGUGGGGUGCCUAUGGAGUGCCGUGGGUAGGACUGAUCUGGCUGGAUUGCUGAUGCUCAAACGAUGGGUCAGGAGUGGUUUGGCUCUCAGCUGCAGGUGCCUGGGCACAGGAGGCUGCCAGCCCCAGCAGGGCCGUGCUGCAGGGCCCUGGCACCGGCCGUGCCCCCUCCUGCCCACCUGCCUGCAAAGCUGUGACCGUGGCACUGAGCCCUGCGUGGGGCAGCCUGCUGGCACCUCCUUGGGCACCCGUUUACUUGAUGUCCUUAGCACUGAAAUGCCAGGCCUGGGCACUGCAGGCUGGUUCCUGGGAAGCGGAUGCCGUGCUGCUCAGCCAGGCUGAUGUGCUCAGCAGUUUGCACCCCAGGUCCUUGGGGAACAGGGUGUUUGUUUAAAGAGAGAAGAGGCCUCCUGUGGUGUGUCAGGGGUCUGUCCCGUUCUGGUUUGUUGCUGGAAUCAAGGAUGGGGUACCAAAGGAACGGGUGGAUCCCGUGCUGAGCACCCAUGGAGUGCUGAAAUCCCAAAUACCUCUGGAGAGCUGCUUGCUCCACUGCCAUACCUGCUUCCCAGGGUGAGACACACUGAGAUUCCUCAGUGCCAGAACCUCCUGCAGCACCCUGCUCCCCACACAAAGUCUUCCUUGAGCCCUCAUGCCUGUGCCUGUUUCAGUGGCAGGGAGCCAGGAGCUUCUCUCCUCCCUCCUCUCCCUCCCCCUGGGCGCUGCUCGCACCCUGGGCAGGGAACAGGAGCACCAAUGUCCAGGAUGUCUGGGAACACUGGCCUUACACCUCUCCUUGAUAAAGAACUUCCUCUGUUUCACCUCUCUGCGUGACACCUUGGGAUCAGUGCAAAGCAGUGAAAUCUUCCUGCCCACUCCUGUUUCCCCACAGCUGGGGGGAACGUGGACCUUCAGGUGGUCCAGGCUGCGACCACCACAUUCACAAGUGUGGAAAGCAGAGGUUAACAUCACAUGAACCUUGUGGUAUUAUAAAUACAGCUGGCUUUUCAUUUUCAUACUGGAGAGAGUCCUGUAAAUACUAGCUGGCACUGAUUCUGAGGCAUUACAUUUGUCCCCAGUAAUAAAAGGUACUUAAAAUUCACUUUUGAGUGUUCUAACCACAAGCGGGAUAAUUACUCUGUUGCUGCUAUUACAGCAUCAUGUGGAAAUCACUUAAUUUCCCAGCUUUUAUCAGAUGGAGCCUGUCUCACAGAGCUGGUGGUGCUGCUUGCUGUCAGAGGGUGGUUCUCUCAAGGUUUCUGAGGGGUUCCUCGUCUCCCAGGCCGAUGGCCCGCGGGUUGGGUGAGUGUGUGCCCUGAGGAGAGAUGGAUCCGUGGUGCAGGCGCCUUCCUGAGCCCUGUCAGAGCUGUGUCCCCCUGAGUUUGCAGCUCACCCAGCGCUGUGGAGCUCUGGCCUCAGGAUAUCGACUGGAAAUUGGGGAGUUAGGAACAGCCCGUGGUGUCCUGAGGGAAGAAAUGGGAGGGAAAGGGGUGAGCUUGUUUUCCUGCUUUAACACUCUGCAGUUUGGCUUAUUUUUUCAUGAUUGAGUGGAUUUUUCUUUUUGAGUGUGUUUUUAAGCUGUCCCUGGGUCCUCGCUGCAUUUCAGAGAAGGUGCUGUGGCGCCAGAGGGGUGUGGGUGGUGGCAGAGCCGGGCUCCUGCUGUCCCCUGGCAUGGGGUGGCACAGCUGGGCUCGGUGGGGCCUGGAAGCUCAGGGAGUUCUCCCUUCCCACCACCAUCACCUUGGAGAGCCAGCUGCAGGCCAGAGCAGCUCCUCUGGCUCUGUUAAUGCCACAUGUGUGCAGAGCCUUGCUUUCGGCCUGACAUAUGCAUUUCACAUUGACCAAGGACUUCCAUUUGAUGUAGCACAGCAAAUUUGGAUACUCCUUCUGUGUGUCAUUUGCCAUAAGGAUGGAAUUCCAAUUAAAGUUCUUUUGAGGAAA